AUGGGGCUUCGUGCCGUUGCACUCUCGUUCGUCCUUGCGCUGCGAGCGUCUGCUCUGGCUUCUGGGAACAAACUUCAGCCCCGUAUGACGGCGUACCGGACGGGCUACAGGCAGGCGUACGGCCUCGGGUACCGGACCGCGUCCAGGUGCUGCCCGGGAUGGUCCCAGCGCGGAGGGGACGCCGGCUGCCUCCACCAUGUCGACGAGUGCCAGGUCCACAACGGGGGCUGUCAGCACAGAUGUGUGAACACCCUUGGGUCGUAUUAUUGCGAAUGCAAGCCAGGCUUUCGCCUGCACACGGACGGCAGGACCUGCAUUGCGGUGCACACGUGUGCCCUGAACAACGGCGGCUGUGAGCACGACUGCGUGCAGGUGACGCUGACGCAGCACCGCUGCCGGUGCCGGCACAGCUACCAGCUGCGGGAGGACGGCAAGCGCUGCGUCCGUGAGAACCCCUGCGCCGACAGGAACGGGGGCUGCAUGCACCAGUGCCACAACCACCGAGGAACAGCCCGCUGCCAGUGCCACCCCGGCUACCGGCUGGGGGCCGGCGGCUCAUCUCUUGCAGACGUGAACGAAUGCCUGACGGGACUGGCCAUGUGUGCACACCAGUGUCUCAACACGCGCGGCUCCUUUAAGUGCACCUGUAACCCGGGCUAUGAGCUGGGGGCAGACGGCCGGCAAUGCUACCGGAUAGAAAUGGAGAUCGUGAACAGCUGUGAAGCCAACAACGGGGGCUGUUCCCACACGUGCCACCACACCAGCUCUGGCCCAGCCUGCACCUGUAACUUUGGCUAUCGGCUUGAAGAGGACCAGAAGACGUGCACUGAUAUCAAUGAAUGUGACAACGGCUCUCACUGCUGUCAGCAAGACUGCCUCAAUUACCCCGGAGGCUACGAGUGUGCCUGCUAUGCUGGCUACAGGCUCAGCGCGGAUGGCUGCGGCUGCGACGAUGUGGACGAGUGCUCUUCAAAUAACGGUGGGUGUGAACACACAUGCCAGAACCUGCUAGGGUCCUUCCAGUGUGGCUGUGAGAGCGGACACAAGCUGGAUGAAGACCGAAGGAGCUGCGUCUCUAUAGAGGACCCUGUGGAAGCUCUGGAUGCUCGGCACCCCGUUAUCCGCCCUAUCCCUCACGUUGCAAUCCUGCGAGAUGAAUUUACCCAGCUCUUUAAUGAUGACUAUGAGGAAGAGGAGGAAGAGAUGGAAGCAAGAGGAGAGCACACACUUUCAGAGAAAUUUGUCUGCCUGGAGCACACGUUCGGCCCCGACUGCAGCCUGACCUGCGAGGAGAACGGCCUCAUGGGUGACUUUCUCACGUGUGAAAAAAUUGACUUCUGGGAGCCCUGCGGGGUAGCGUCCCAGCAGGAGCAGCGGUACCGUUCCAGGCGAGGUGCAGAGCCCAUGGAUGCCCUCGAGGCCCCUCCUCGGGCUGCGGAGCGGCAGCAAACGAAGGGCACUGUGACACUGGGAUGCCCCAAAGGAUUUUUUGGGAAACAAUGCAGGAAAAAGUGCAACUGUGCCAACGGCGGUCGCUGCCAUCGGAUUUACGGAGCCUGUCUGUGCGAUCCUGGCUUGUACGGACGGUACUGCCAUUUAGUGUGCCCAAAGUGGGCGUUCGGCCCCGGCUGCUCCGAAGAGUGCCGCUGCGUGCAGCAGAACACGCAGGACUGCGACAAGAGGGACGGCUCCUGCUGUGACCCUGGCUAUUAUGGGGAUGGCUGCAAGAAGAAGUGUAGCUGCUCCCCAGAGGUGUCUUGCGACCAUGUCACCGGGGAGUGCUGGAAGGAGUGUCCCCGAGGCUACCACGGGGAGAACUGCGACCAAGAGGCGCGCUGGGGGCUCUGCCGCGGGGAAGCCCGUGCCGCCUGCAGGCAGGCUGGCCGUGCCUUACCUGGCUGGUUUGGCCCAGCCUGCCAGCUGAGCUGCAGCUGCGGGAACGACGGGCACUGCCACCCUGUCACCGGGACCUGCAGCUGCGCGCCGGGCUGGACCGGCCAGCACUGUCAGAGAGAGUGCCCGGAGGGGUGGUUUGGGCUGAGCUGUCGGCACCAAUGUCAGUGUGAGAACGGCGCUGCCUGUGACCACGUCAGCGGGGCCUGCACCUGCAGCCCGGGCUGGCGAGGAACCUUCUGCGAGCACGAGUGCCCGGAGGGGUGGUUUGGGCUGAGCUGUCGGCACCAAUGUCAGUGUGAGAACGGCGCUGCCUGUGACCACGUCAGCGGGGCCUGCACCUGCAGCCCGGGCUGGCGAGGAACCUUCUGCGAGCACGCGUGCCAGGAGAACAGGUACGGCCAGAACUGCAGCCAGACGUGCGGCUGUCGGAAUAACGCUACCUGCCACCACGUCAGCGGCCGGUGUCUCUGCGCAGGCGGGGGGGCGGGCACCACGGUCCAAGAAGCGUGCCCGGUGGGGUUCUACGGGAAGAGCUGCCUCCAGCGGUGCCUCUGCCAGAACGGUGGCACGUGUGACCCCGCCAGCGGGCUCUGCGCCUGCCCCGAGGGCUGGACCGGGCUGGCCUGCGAGCUGGGAAUUGGGGGAAUCACGGGCUCUGCAUGCGAAAAACCCUGCCUGCCAGGGACCUUCGGAGAGGGCUGUGCCCAGAUCUGCCAGUGUGCCGGAGCCACCCAGGAGUGCCACCCCGUCACCGCGGGGGACGGCGCUGGGCUGACCGCAGGCACCAGCUCACCGGAGCGCUUCAAAGCACACGUCCCGACGGGCUGUCUUGCCUGGUUUCUUGCCGUGCUCGCUCCCCGGCAGGGCCGAGGCUGCAAGGAAGGGACGUACGGCGAGGGAUGCCAGCAGCUCUGCGACUGCGCCGGCGACGCGCCCUGCGACCCAGCCACGGGGCACUGCCUGUGUCCCCCGGGGAAGACCGGCCUCAAGUGCGGCUCGGGUGAGCUGAGCCACAGCUCGGGGGGGUGA